CAGAAGCAGAAGAAGAUGGAACAUCGAGUUUUUAUGCUUACCUUGUUGAUCUCGCUCUCUUUUGCUUCAAUCUCGGCUACAUUAUUGCCCAACAUAACGGCUAUUCCGCCAUGGCAGCAACACCCGAACGCCACCUCCUUCGCCGCCGCAUGGGACGCCUUCACGAAGUUCGCCGGCUGCCACUCGGGAGAAACGCGAGAUGGUUUGUCUAAGCUCAAACAAUACUUCAGCAACUUCGGUUAUAUUCCCAACUCUCCGUCGUCUAAUUUUACCGACGAUUUCGAUGACGAGCUUGAAAAGGCCUUGAAGGCAUACCAGCAGAAUUUCAACCUUAAUGUUACGGGUCAACUCGAUGAUCGGACUCUUGAACAGAUCGUACGACCCAGGUGCGGUAACGCCGAUAUUGUCAAUGGAACCUCUUCCAUGAACUCCAGUAAAUCGUCGUCUUUCCAAACCGUCGGACACUUCCACACGACGGGUCAUUACACUUUCUUCCCGGGAACGCCGCGUUGGCCUGUUAACAGGAGGGACUUAACGUAUGCUUUCUUACCCGGAAACGAAUUGACGGAUGAGGUGAAGGCCGUGUUCACCAGCGCUUUCCAGAAAUGGUCCGCUGUUACGCCGCUGACGUUCACGGAAACUGAUUCGUACUCCACCGCCGAUAUCACGAUUGGUUUUUACAGCGGAGACCACGGAGACGGAGAACCGUUCGAUGGGGUUUUAGGGACGUUGGCUCACGCGUUUUCUCCUACGAGCGGGAGGUUCCAUUUGGAUGCGGACGAGAACUGGGUCGUUUCCGGCGACGUUACGAGGUCGUCGAUUCCAUCUGCUGUGGAUUUGGAGACGGUGGCGGUCCACGAGAUCGGGCAUUUGUUGGGGCUGGGGCAUUCGUCAGUGGAAGAUGCGAUUAUGUACCCGACGAUCACUUCGGGAACGAGGAAAGUGGAGCUGGAAGAUGAUGAUAUACAAGGGAUUCAAUCGUUGUACGGCAGUAAUCCAAACUAUAAUGGCUCCACCACGCCGACCGCCACUACGGGGGACAGGGAAAGUAGUGACGGUGAAAUACCUUAUUUGGCUUCACGCUGGACUCUCGCCGGAUUGUUUGCCAUUGGGGUUCAGAUGUUACUUCUGUAAAUUACUCGUAGAUUAAACACAUUGUUUAUAUUACAUUGUUUUUUCAAUAGUUUCAUGUAUCAUUAAAUUAAUUUAAAUCAUAGUGUUUCAGUUCAUUUAUACAAAUCUAUAUUUUCA